CUAUAUCGUGUUGGCGUAUUGGAGGAGGAAACAUCUCUGGCUGUAAAGAAUCGGAAUUUCGAGUGGAGGAAUCCGAAAGAAAAGCCUAGAACCUCUUUUUUAAACGCUUUUCUUUUUUUAGAAACUUCACUCGCAUGCAAACAAAGGACUCCACUUCCGCAAUCAGGAACGACAUUUAUCGUGACCAUCCCAUGCCUCGUACCCUCGGAGAAUGCGAGAAAACGGGUUCCCCGCGUCACGCCACAGAUGCAUUAUCGCCUCGCUCCGCCCGCCUUCGCAGCGACAGAAUGAGCCACUCGCGUCAUCGGUCUGUGCCCUGUGGCCACGGACUCCUCUCUCGAGUGGAUUCACUGAAAUCUUUCGUCUCUUGCUGCUGCUUCCUCUACGAACAGCGACAAAGCCGGCCAGCCACUCGCCACGACGGCCGGCCCUCUCCACGCAAGCGAGUGAACGGCCCUGAAGACAAACCGCCGAAGAUGAGAGACGUCGCCCGCUCGUUGUGAAGACACCCGGCGGCGGCGUCGUCGUCGAAAGCCGUCAUGUCGCGGCGGUGACGGCCGGACGCGUCCCCUCGCUCGCUCCCCAGAGGAGAGAAAAAAUCUCAAUAAAUCCCCAGCCUGUGUCGGCAGCGGCGCCUCCCGGCCGCCGGGAGGGAAUCGAUCCGAGGCGCGAUGUUUCCCUGGCGCAAGUUGUCUUCUCACAAACUGGGCUUCUUCCUGGUCACCUUCGGCUUCAUCUGGGGGAUGAUGCUGCUGCACUUCACGAUCCAGCAGCACUCGGCGCACCGGCCCACCAGCGCCGAGCUCCAGGAGCAGAUCCUGCAGCUCAGCAAGCAGUACGUGAAGAGGCUUGCCGAGGAGACGCGCAGCACGGUGGACGGGCCCUACGCCGGCACGGCCACAGGAUACGAUCUGAAAAAGACGCUGGCUGUGCUGCUGGAUAAUAUACUCCAGCGGGUCGGGAAGCUGGAGGCCAAGGUGGACUUCCUGUACAAUGGGACACGGACCAACGCAUCCAACACCAACCACUCGGGAUUGCUGGGCACCACCCCGGCCAGCAGCGACAGCAGGGUCAACGCUGCAGGCCUGAUAAACGGGGUGCAGGAAGAGUGCAAGCUGCAAUCCUUGGACGACUUUCCACACUGCGAAACCAAACUCCAGUGGAUGAAGGACAUGUGGCAGUCGGACACGUGCUACGGCAGCUUUGGCGUCGACGGCUCACUGUGCUCCUUCAUCAUCUACCUGAGCGAGGUGGAGACGUGGUGUCCUCAACUUCCUUGGAGAAAAAAAGUCGCCAAGCCUGAAGGUCCCCUGGCGGAGGUGAAGACCGACUUCAAGCAGCUGUUCCACCGCAUGGCGUCACGCGAGGAGUUCCGCUGGAUGAAGAUGCGCAUCCUGCGCAUGGAGGAGUCGUGGCUCGCGGCCGUCCGCUCGCUCUCGGAGGAGCACGACUUGCAGGGCCGGACGCGCAAGAAGAUUCUGGUUCACCUGGGCCUCCUGACGAAGGAGUCGGGCUUCAAGAUCGCGGAGAGCGCCUUCUCGGGCGGCCCGCUCGGGGAGCUCGUGCAGUGGGGAGACGUCAUCUCGGCCCUCUACCUCCUGGGUCACCACAUCAAGCUCUCCGUGUCCGUGUCCGAGCUGCGAGAGGUGAUGAAGCGUGUGGCCGGCGUGAAGUCCGGGUGCCCCGUCAAAGGGGAGAAGGUCGUCGACCUGAUCUACAUCGACAUCGUGGGCCUUACGCAGUUCAAGAAGGCCGUGGGUCCACCCUGGGUCCACUACCAGUGCAUGCUGCGAGUCCUCGACUCCUUCGGGACAGAGCCCGAGUUCAACCACGCCCAGUACGCGCAGUCCCGCGGACACAAGACGCCCUGGGGGAAGUGGAGCCUCGUGCCGCGCCAGUUCUACACCAUGUUCCCCCACACGCCCGACAACAGCUUCCUUGGUUUUGUGGUGGAGCAGCACCUAAACUCGAGCGACGCGGCUCACAUGGAAGAUGUGAAGAGGCAGAACCAGUCUCUGGUCUACGGAAAAGUGGACAACUUCUGGAAGGGCAAGAUGCAGUACCUGGACAUCAUCGGCAAGUACACGGAGAUCCACGGAACCGUGCACGGGGCCACGGUCAACGUGCCGCCCUACGUCAAGAACCACGGCAUCCUGAGCGGUCGCGAGCUUCAGUUCCUGCUGCGUGAGACCAAGCUGUUUGUGGGGCUGGGCUUCCCGUACGAGGGCCCCGCGCCGCUGGAGGCCAUCGCCAACGGCUGCGUCUUCCUCAACCCUCGCUUCCGUCCCCCCAAGAGCAGCAAAAACACCGACUUCUUCAAGGGGAAGCCCACCCUGAGAGAGUUGACGUCGCAGCACCCGUACGCCGAGGUGUACAUCGGCAAGCCUCACGUGUGGACGAUCGACAUCGACGACCCGCAGGAGGUGGAGGCGGCAGUGCGGCAGAUCGUGGCACAGAAGACGGAGCCGUACAUGCCGUACGAGUUCACGUGCGAGGGCAUGCUGCAGCGGGUGAAUGCGUUCAUCGAGAAGCAGGACUUCUGCCAUCAGAAGCGGCUGUGGCCACCUCUGAGCGCCCUGCAGGUGAAGGUGGCCCAGCCAGGCCAGUCGUGCAAGCACCUGUGCCAGGAGAGCCAGCUGAUCUGCGAGCCGACGUACUUUGCUCACCUCAACAAGGAGCAGGACCUUAGACGGCACGGCGUCGAGUGCGACUCGGCGGAGGUGCAGAACGAGGUGUUUGUGCCGGCGCUCGAGUCCGGCCGAAAGAAGUGCCUCCUGCAGGGCGAUUACCUCCUCUUCAGCUGCGCCGGCAGCCACGACACGCACCGGCGAAUCUGCCCGUGCCGCGACUACAUGAAGGGCCAGGUGGCGCUGUGCCGGGACUGCUUGUGAAGGGCUCGCGACCCGCCGCCGCCCCCGACCCCCUCGCGUGGAUGCCGGACGGCAGGACGAGUCGCAUCCUGAGGGAGGUUGAGCCAGGAUUUCUCCAUCUUUUUCCACGUCAAUUUGAUUUUUUUGUGACCGAGCCGUUUGUGCUUAAGCCUUAACUCAACUACCCAAAUGGAUUGAAAUUAAUGUUUUGUUUUGUUUCGAGAAAGAAAAAAAAUCGCCCCAAAACAAGGAAAAAGGUGGCCGUCUGCCUUUUUUGUUUUCUUUUCAUUGAGCAUCGAUUGUGGAGCAUCACAAAUGACGAUCGCACGGAGGAAGAGCAAACGUGACCUCCGGACCGGGUCGCUGGUACAAGUUUGGUUCGGGGGAAGGUGAUUUAACAGCCCAAUUUUUGGGGAGCCUGAUUAACAGCCGAAUCUGGUGCAAGCCGGCGGAAGACUCUGCGUUCACAGUCGAAAGCGGAGGAGCUGCCUUUGGCCCGUCGCGCUGCGGGGGGCGAAACGUGGAGCGCCUCUCCGGCUGCACGCAAACAAGGGACUCGGCCCGUGCACAUCCCUAGCGCAUGCAUCAUCGCGUCCCGGCGUGCCGCGGUUAAACGGCGGUUCGUGUUUUCUACGUUGUGCUUGGCCAUGUCCUCCUCCCUCCCCGUUGCUGCUGCCACCCCUCCCUGAUCCACCGAACUUGCGUCUUCAUACUCCCGUGUACAUUUGAAUAUUCCUGGAAGGCAGCUGUUCCACAGCCUUACGAUAUUUAAAUGAUAUCAUGAAAACGGUGAACUGAGGAGACACUAACCUAUCUCCUCGUCGGGGGAUGUGUUCCGAUCUUUACUUUUGUGUAUGAUUAUCUUUACCAUGUUAAUGGAUUAUUGUUUUUUAUGAAGAAACUGGACGGAGAUUGGCAUUUCUUUUUGUCCUUGUAAAUGUGUAAACUCGAGAUAGACAGGAAAUCUAUAUAUGAAAUGUGUUGUUUGGUUUGUCCGGUACAAUCACGCAGGCACUCGCACUUAACCGAGAAGUACGUUCGAGUAUAAAACUGUGUCCGUGGUACAGAAUUGUCUUUCGAGGUGGUUGGCGCAGAUUUUGCGGCGUGCGUUUUAACGUCAAAGGUACGGAGUGCGUUUGGUAGCGCUGCUCUGUUACCCACGAUGCAUGAAUGAAGGCAGACGCGCAUCAUGUGAGCGUGGCGUAUUUAUUACGGUGUAACGCGGUACAUCUGCUGCCGCUGCUGCUGCUUUGCGAGAUGAGCGUCACUCCGGACGGUUGGACCGGCGCGUCGUUAUCCGCUGGGGCUCGCUGUGGCGGACGCUGCUGCUCCGUCUCUGCGCGUGGCCUGAACCUGCGGUGGCCGUUCCAAUUCACAUUGCAGGGCCUCCGCAGAUGCUUCUCCGUCCCCAUUGGGCAGACAGUUGCUGCUGUAAGUGACGGUACACGUUGUAACAGGAAAUGUUAGUGAAUGCGUUCUUCAAACUGAAGCAAGCGUUUUGUUGUAUUUAUGCAAUUGAGAUGGAUUUUUUUUACGUUUCUCUGGAAUUUGCGUGACGUGCGCUCUUGGCCGGUGUCCCCGUUUGGUUACGAUCGGUGUCGCGUGUUUGGCCGACGGAGAUUAACUCUCACACUCAAAAGCUACUGAAUUCUGAGUUCAUACACUGCUCGUUCUCUCUGCUUUGUGGCCGCGUUCGAACGGGGGUUGAGCCAGGCCCCGGCUUUCAUUCGCGUGCGCGAGGGAGGGGGGGAGAAGGAAACAAACAUCACGGGAGAAUCUAAAUUUGGAAACUGAAUUUAAUCAUCCCACUUGCUGCCACCACCGCUUUGAAUCAGCACCACCGCUCAGCAGCCUUGUAUAUGCGAGUCAUAUUUGUGCCUGUCACACGGCUAGCGAGCGAGUGUGUCGACGCGCACGUGAGGAUUUUUCUUGCGUGUUGGGCCAGUAUUGGCGUGUGUUCUUUCUAAUGGCUUGAUUAUUGUUAUUGUGUUUUCUUCUUCGCGAUUGACCGGUAGUUUGGAGCUUAAUUUGGCAGAGCACUGCAAAGCCCAAGGCAGGUUGUGUGCACCUCCUGAAAUGAGUGAAGCCGCGUUGACAGGCUGUCGUACAGCAGCAUUGUUGUGAAGCCCUUCGUGUAGUUGUGAUGGUGGUGAUACAUAAAUCAAGACAUUGACUCCAUGUCGGCGUUUAGCGAUGCGUCAUUUCGCAGAUUCAAAUCGAUCCUGAUGCCCACAAUACACGCAUUCAAUCAUGUGUGUGUACAAAUCGGUUGUUUAUACAAAAUGCCUUUGUUAUAUUUUAGGCUAAUGUAGUGGAGAGAAAAAAAACGAAACACCAGAAAAUACAAAUCAUACGAUAACAAAGAGAUGAAAGAAAAUUGCAUGCUGGAACAAAAAUAUAGCUCGCAUCGUGACAGUUCACGGAGUUGCUGGAAAGAUGAAUCGUAACAUGCCGACUAUGGAGUCCUAUAAUUACCUCUUUAUAAUUAACACAUCUGCGUGAUGUUAUUCAGGCCGUGGCAGGAAGCCCCCGGGGCUUAAACAGCCACGCACAAAUUCAGAUUGUCACGUCAACCGCUCGAUGUUCAUGCAUGCGGCAUGGCAAGGUUCCGGAUUUACGAGCAAAUGGAAUUAAUUGGUUUUACGAGCAGAGGCGGAGAGUUCCAUGUGGCUACAGGGGUCUGGAUUUGACCGCCCUCCUUACGUGUAGCUGUGUAAUGGGUAAUACCCUCGCGAGUAAUUUAUUUGAUGUGUGAAUUUUUUUACCAACGGUUUUGCCGAUGUGCACCGCCUAUCUCGGUAGUUCUGGGGGCGUCAGCAGUAGCAGAAGUGUGUCUCUGGACAGCGUUGGCUGGGAUUGACGGAUGAUUCGUGACUUAGGUUAAGACGACAUCUCACCCAGAGCAGCGACCCCGGUAGGCCAUUGGAGUUUUAUAGAAAUGGACAACGACACAUGCAAGACACGGCUCGGCACGGUUCAGUUGAACCCUACACGCACAGACACUGCUCGGCACGGCUCAAACUGGCACCGCAAUGGCGGGGGUGGGUUUGAAUCCAGGUUUCGGCCGUCUGUGAUUAAAACUAUGUUCUCAAAUGUAGCGAGUUGAUGAUCUCAGCCCAGUCACAAAUGACUGCGCAAAAAAAACCCCAUCCGAUUUAAAUUUGGUUCUGCAUUUAGUCUGGCUAACUUCCCAGCCGUACACCGUCCGCAACCACGGAGAUCUGAACGAAUACUUUCUCAUGACAUGACGCUGGGACCAAAACAAAUACUGGAAUAAAAUUCGAAACUUUUAGAAAAAUGACGGAGAGUUCGUUGGCCUGCUAUUUGAGUUUUUUUUACGAAGGGAAACUACGGUAGUAGGAGAGAUGUAUUUUAUCAUGCAAUGCCAUCUCGUCCGACAUUUCAGAACGUUAAGAAGAAGUAAGCGUUUACGACGGACCGCUGUUCAGAAUGCUUGCGUGCUCUGAAUGUGAAAUGUAACGUCCGUAAGCAAGUGUGCCCUUGUAGCCAUUCUCCAAAACAAUUAUAGCGUUUUAAAUGUUAACAUUCUAAAGUUCCAACCUGGUUUAAAUUUCACUGCGUAAAAUGCCCAAGUGUGGAAAACCGACUCCGAUGGUACAUGGACAUCAUUGUUUAUUUAACCCGUCAUUUUGGCAAAAAAUGCACAAUCCGAAAAAAAGACGUGAAAAAAAGUUUUUUUCUCUGGUUUAUGGAAAGUCUGUAAAAAUCUAAACACGGAACGCGUCUCUGGUUUUUAUAUAUACUGUUAUCGUAAUAUCGUGUUUCAACUACAUUGUGUGUGCUCUGUGCUAUACUUACAAAUGCGUGGCAGUCUUGUUGGGUUUCGUAGCCACACUUAACUCGUUUCAAACUUGAAUUUGUUUUCAAUUUUAUUUUUACAAUGAUGAUAUAUGCCAUUAUUGGUUGUCCAAUUUGAGUAAAAAACCAUGUAUA